AUGUCUACUAGUGUGACGGAAGAUUACAGCAAGAUCAAAUCGUUUGCAAUUUUUCCACCUAUUGGUGUUGCACGUGUUGGCAAUUCCACAGAUUAUUAUGUCGGAGCAGAGAUUUCUGGAGUGUACGUUGGAGAGGGUGACACUUUCUUCAAAUUUAAGGAUGAAAAUAAUCGUGUAAGACCACAAGCUGCAAGGUUCAGGAUAUAUGGUUACGACGAAAGUGGUGUCGUGCGGGAGAUCAAGCUUACUGAUGAAAAUGAAAAUGUGAAAGUAAAAAUUGUCUGGACUGUUACACUCGCUAAUAAGAAAGCAGCACACACAAGAUUCUCCGGUAUCAAAAAGUAUAAAAUAGAUAACAUAAAAAGAAACCCUAGUCCUAUUAAUGACAAGGUAAAGUUAAUAGACAAUAGGCUGAGUAAAAUUUGCCCAAUUUUGCCAGGAACAUCUGAUUUGAGUUUCCGGGAUCCUCACCCAACCAAUUGGGACCUAAAUAUAAAAGAACAAAGCCCAAUAAAUUGUGACUAA